AAAAGCGCUCGGCUGAGAUGUGGAAAGCAUCAGUCAGUCGAACGAAAAGCAUCUUGAAGCAAGCUCUAGGGAACAUUCAAAGAUCUCAAUACAAAUAAACAUGAUCAAGCUUGUGUGCCUAUUUGCCCUCGUCGCUGUUGUAGCUUCGAUGCCCAAUGGACCCUUCGCACCACCACCAAUGCAGGCUCCGAUGGGACAGAUCGAGAAGCGUGAAGCCAUCGCACCGGAAGCAGUGGCAGAAGAUGCACCCGUGCAGGAAAGUGCAGUGGAGGCUCAGGACGAUAUGGACAAGGCGGAAACGUUUGGCUUCGGAUACCACAAGGUCAUUCACGUGGGUGUGCCAUACUACCCGCCCUAUUACCAUUAUCCGCGCUACUACCACGGCUAUCACGGUUACCAUGGAUACGGACAUUACUGGUAAAGGUAGUGUGGUGAAUUGAAUUGUAAAUAAAGAGCUAAGAUGAUUUAAAAUUCGAAAAU